ACCCUCUAUGCGCAUCUGAAUAUAACACCAUUCUUUCAAACAAUACAUUCCAUUUACUAUAUAAAGCUCAUUAUAGGUUAGGAGCUUGAUGCAUAUCUCAGACUAAAGGAAGAAAGAAUGGACUGGCAAAAUAUAUUAGGACAGCCCAGUUACGAACUACGCCGAGAGAGUAGUCAAAGGACGAAAAGGGGAACUGAUUAUAAACCACAGAUCAAUAAUAGUGACAUAUCUUGUCAUGAACCAUAUCAAGAUCUGGAUUAUGAUCACUAUAGAGAAUACAUGUUAAAUCUAACUCCAUGUUCUUCAAACUGUACCAAGACUUCAAACGUGCUGCACAGUAUUACCUUUGACCAGAAGGCACUUGAUGGUUUAAUAAAAAGACAUGAAGGUAGUUUUGAAUUUCUAAACGGAAAUGAAAAUGAAACAACUCCAUCACCUCCAAGUCCUUGCAUAGAUUUUAUUGAAACAACACAUACCCCGAUACCUUCCAAUGUUGCGUUGGGUGAAACUAAAAUCGAAAUUUUACGUACAAAUUCACAUGAUAAAUUUGAAAUAACCCUCAAUGAUAUAAUCGAAUACAUUGAGCAAGAACUUGAACAAGUACUUCAUGGAUCUAUUAUCACUAGAAGUCAAAUAUUGGAAACCCUCACGGUAAAUCACUUAUUAAUCUAUAUCCUUUCCCAUGAUACAACUAUUGAGAAUAUUGGAUAUAUACGAUUAUUCCAUCUUGGACGAUCUUAUACCCCCGAUAAAGGAAUCUCUGAUCCAAGAUAUCUUACACAACAAUUUUAUCUUAAAGACCUUCAUUUAUCACGAUCUCCAUGUUUCCAUUUAAUUGUUUCUAAUAAUGAAGAUUGUAAAUUACCAGAAUUAUCAGAAAAGGAUAUGCUUUUGAAAUCCUUCGUAUGGAGAAAUAUUGUGAAACCGAAUCAUAUCCCGUGCACAUACGCAGGUCAACUUAUACGGAAAUUGAAGAAGAUCAAGUCAAAUGUGGCACUUCAACCUGAAUAUAAGGAGGGAAAACUUCAAAAUAAUUUCUCUACAUUUUCUACCCACUUUGAGCACACACCAAACAAACUUCUGCGCUUAAAAAGAAUAUGUUAUCAGUUCCGCGAGAAGUCUACAAAAGCUUAAAUACUAUCUAUUUUAUAUGGGAAAUGUCUGGGUUAUAUAAAAUAAAAAGAUUUUACGUUUUCAGAAGUUAUUAAUGGCACGUUCUAACUUUCUGUACUACUUAGACUAGUAUUUACUAAAUCUACUUUACUAUAAUGGAGAUUUUCCCUAGUUACAGGAUUAAUCCAGUAGAAGAAAGCUCCUAGUCACUGGGUCAAUAUAUCCAUACACCCCUCAUGAACCAACAAUCUUCACAUUCAAUUGAUUAUUAUGUAAUUACUCCGUAUUUGAUUGUUUGUUUGACUCUGCGUUUUUAAUUUAAAAUUGAAAGUCCUAAAUUGUUUGCAUGCUGUGAUUAUUUGAUGUCUUUAUAUCAAUAGAAAUAUUCAUUUUCUGACCCUAUUCUGGAAUAUUGAACAUUUAC